GUAGCUUUGCUGUGCUAAUUGUGUCUUGUGUGGUAGGCUACUCGCACGCCAGCACAAACUCCGUAGUCAUCAGCCAAGCCCGCAAACUACUGUUAGUAUCACAUAUUGUUGCCACACACCAAAUCUCGCCAGUUGCACCUUCCAAACCAGUCAAUGGCUAUAACCCUCUAGCGAACUUACUCACAACAUCACCCGGAACUACGCAAACUGCAGCAAUGGGGCAAUCCAACAGUGUGGAGGCCCAUCCGAAUGGAGCCAUUCUCGAGAACUUCUCCAAGGACCAGCUUACCAAGUUAUACAAGAUACGGUGCUCGUUGCUCCUUCGAGAGGUGGAGGUUAAGGCCAUUACCUCCAAGUUGAACAUCGACUCCUUGCACCAAACGGCACUCACGCCUGGUGAUCUUACCCAGCUUCUAGGCCUCGCACACGCCGAACUACCAGAUGAACAUCCCAUCUACAAGACUGUCAAACUCCUCUACGGCUCCUUCAAGGUAUUGGGCACUCUCCCGUUCCUCCUGGAUGCGUUGUCCAAUACUGGAGAGCUCACUCUAGAGGACUUGAUAAAGGCCAACGUGAUCCAUUCAGGUAGAUACAAGAAGAUCUUCUCAAACAACUACGACUACUUGAAAUUGAUAUUCAUAUCGUUGGCGUGGGCAGAUGUAGAACAUUCUGACUCGUCCCUAGAGACUAAAAGCAAACCCAGUGCAGAAGAUUCUGUGGCAGAUGAUGCUCAGGUUGUAGAGGUAUCACGUCCCUUGACUGGUGAGGAGCCUCCAGAAAUAUUGGCCAGAAUUAUCAAGUGGGAAACCUUCAAUACAAUCAAUAAUUUCGAUGACACCGACUUGACCAAACUCAGUCUCAAAGCAUACGACUUGUUGCUCCUCAUAACGUUCUUUUUAAUUUUAAGUUCCGUUCCUAGACAGUCACACUUGGUCAUGAAGGAAGCCAUGGUGAAAAACUUGGAAAGGUGGUCUGAAUUUGAGGCUUCUGGGAUCGCAAUGUUGAGGUAUUUCAAUAUAAAUAUCACCACUUCUAACCUUGCAACAUUGACACUUACCUAUGAAGAAUUCAAAGAAGGCUUUUCUUGCUUCCCCGACUUUUUGAGAGAGUCGUUUGAAUUUAUUUUCAAAAGAGGGAUCUUCUCCUCUAUCGACGAGAAGGAAUUACCCAAGGAAGCACCCAAAGAGGAACCCGAAGAAGCAUCCCCCAAAAAAAAGGGCGGAUUUCCCAAGUUUAAAGAGUCGAGGUUAAUAAAUGACCCCUCAAUAUCAUUGAUACGCAACAUAGUGAAAAGUCUAGGAUCGGAAAUUGAAGUAUCCAAUCAGAAUUUAAUCAAAUUAUACCUAGGCUCUGAAUCAGGGUUUUCAAUAAGGUCAUUGGAGCUGAAAAUAUUCAAGUGGCAGGCACCCACCUUGUUUAUUGUUAGUGGAAAGAGGCUCCGAAACAAGACUAUAUCGACGAAUAAGCGGUACGAACAAUUUAAUACCGAGUACCCUCGUUUUUUCAAGCUGCUGGACUCCAACCUCAUGGAAUGGCAAACCAGUAAUGACAAGAUCACGUAUGCAGUGUUGGUGAACCAACCAUGGAGACAUUCGAACAAGAAGAACUUUGGUGACGAAGAAACGGUGAUAAUGUCGCUUCUGCCCAGAGUAGACGUCCAUAAGAGCGUGCAUAAUCCGGUUUUGAAUGGGGAACUGAUAUAUUUCAACAAUACCGGAUUGGGCGUGGGUUUUGGCAAUAGCCAACCAUUGAACAAAGCAGGAGUCAAAAAGUACCUACCUGGAGAUGUCUCGUUGACAGUGGAAAUGAACCUUGAGUUUGCGGUUUUCAGACACAUUGUGGGACUAAAGACCAACUCAGCCACCUAUUUCAAGGGCUCCUCGCAGCACCAGAUUCGUACCACAGAUUUCGAGGACCGUUUCAUGAUCACCGACUUGGAAGUCUGGGGUAUUGGAUCCACCAAAGAGUUGGAGGAACAAAGAAAGCAAUGGGAAUGGGAGGAAAAACAGGCCGAAGCCAGACAGAGCGUGAACUUGAAGAACCUUGGAGAAGAGCGGGCCUUCCUCGAAAUGGUGGGCUUAGUGGGUAAUCAUAACUCCAGUGGGGGUUCAGUAUAAGUCUGGUGCGAGUCUGACUAGCGAUGUCAGCGAUGCGCACCAUGCCCGAUGCGCGAUGGCGUGGAAAUUUUUAGUUACUUUUCAAUGGAUGAGUUCUAUCGUAGACUGUAAAAGAU